AUGGGUCGACGACAAGGCAAUGUGUUUGAUAGGAAAGAAGUGAUGGAUUUAAUGCAACGGCGACUGGAUGGUACUAUUAAAAGUCUGCGCGAAUUAAAGGAUAGAAUUUCAGAGGAGACGGGUGAACAAAUUGCACUUACAACACUUUGGCAGCAGAUCCAUAAAAUGAGGGGAGAGGCAGUCAAUAGCAAACCUGGUUAUGUUCGAAUGACUACAUCACGUGUUUCACGAAUUGAUGGUUCACGAGUUAGUAUUCGAGAGGAAGAUGAUGAUAUUGAUACACAUAACCAAUCGAUUGGAGUUCAACUUCCAGACGCCACUGACUCUUCGUUACGUCGAUCGGCUCGUACAUCUAAACGGAAAAGCUAUUCGCCUACACCUAUGUUAUCCAGACUUGAUCUGAAGAAGUCGCGUGUUGGCGCAACUUCUGUAUCUAACAACAAUAUAACUUUGGUUUCUCAUUCUCUAAGGUGUUUGGGAAUGCCAAAAAAGGAGAAAAUCGUCAGGCGGAAAAGAAUUGAUGAGCCAAAGAAUUGGGAUAAAGAUGUGGAAGAGUCAAUUAGACAAGAAGCUUUGAGGCAUGAGGAAGAGGCUGCGGAUGACCCACUGGCUAAGGCAAAAUCAAAAGUCUGGUUAUUUUGCGAGAAAUUCGACGAAGAUGGUGAAUCAAAAGCAAAAUGCAGAAUUUGUGGCAUGGUCAUGGUACGCAAGUUGGGUUCAACGAGGGCGAUGCUACGUCACUUACGAAAAAUGCACGAUAAUCUCAUUGAAGGGAUCAUCAGGCCGGUAACAAAACGUGUUACAGCAAUUGCUGGAAAACCGAGAGGUGAUGAUGGUUUUGACAUUGAUGAUGAUAGCGCGUGGGUGGAAGAGGUUGAUGAAGAAGAUUUCGAUGAUUAUGAUGAACAGCAGUAUGCAGUUGCACAGCACUGUGUUGAUAAAGGGAAAGUCAUUACCUACAACAGUUAUGCAGGUGAAGGAGGUCCGUCUUAUGCUGGCGAAGUAUUCAUUCGAGAAGAUGGCUCUUACGCUGAUGGAGAUGAAUUUGUGGACGUGGUAUACGUGCAGGAAGGAAAUUCGUUUGAUGAAAUCAUUUCAAAAUCGAACGACGGAAGUUCAUUUGUUAAUAACGAAUUGCCUUCCAUGGAAAAUAGAGGUGAAGAAGCUCCCAUACCUUCACGUUUGAAGCGUAGCAUUUCUGAUUCCGAACUAGCCCAACCAUUCUCCAGAAACGGCAACAACGAUAUUGAACAUUAUGAGGAUACAAAUUUGGAGACAGAUAGAGCGAUGGGGAAUUUAAAUUUACUGACUGGAGCGGAAAAAAGGCGACAAGAUAUAGAUGAUGAGCAUUUUAGCCGCAUUAUCGCCUCAUCCAUUCUAACAUUUCCUCCGGAGCAGCGAGAGCUUGUGCGUUGCGCUGUCAUGCAAUGUAUCGAAGAAAUGAGAUCGGCCGAAUCAACUGCAGCCGAAGAAACGGGAGUUCCUGAAGUAACCGAUGAAGAAUUGGUUCAGAUCUCCGAUGUUUGA